CAGUUUCCGCGGGAUCAGGGCUGUGGAGCGGCUGGAGCGGGCAGUGUAGAAGAGACCGCAGGGUGUUUGGGAGAUGAUGUGCCUGUGUGUGUGAAAGAUCACCAAGAGUGAGAGGCCCCGGGGAGACGGACUGGGAGAGACUGGGGUUUGUAUGAGACAGCGAGAAACCUGAGAGUGUUGGGGCGAAUGUGAUGAGACCAGAGAAAGUGAGUGACGCGUGUAUGUGUAUGCCCGGUAUGUGCGGUUUUGUGCGACUGCGUGUGCCUGAGAGUGAAGGAGGCCAGUAUGUAUUAUGUAAGAACCAAUGUGUGUGAGACCAUCAUGUUCGUGUGUGUGUGAGGGGAAGGGGGGCAGACUACCGACAGGGCUGUAUGUGGGUGAGAGACACUGAAGGUUUGCCGGUGCAUCUUCUGUGAGGUUGUGGGCCUGCACGUGUGAGCGAGGCCGGCAUACGGGGCAGUGGGCCACGGGUGUGUGAUAUUUGUGUAUUGCCUCUGCGUUUGUACCCAUGGCCUCUCUGAGACCGUGGUGUAAGCGACUGCAUGUGAUGUCCCUGUCUUUGGGUGCUCGUGAUCGUGCCCUCGAUGUGAUCGGGAAUAUGUGGGUCCUAUGGUAGUGUUUCUGUGUCACCUUGUAUGCCGGCAACUGGCCCUGUGCGGCUGUGGUAUGAAUGGGGAGACCACUUGGACGAUGAUAGCAUUGGCACUUUCUGUGUCCUGUGUUUCGAACAGUGUGUUGCUGAGAUAACAAUCCUGGAGAAUCCCUGCCUCCAGUCCAAGAGUCUCUCUCUACCCUCCUGAGACCCUGCUCUCCAAGAGAGAAGCCAGGAAAAGAAGACGAAAAUGACUGUUGAACUGGUGAAAACCGUACCCCAGGACUUGGUGACAUUUAAGGAUGUAGCAGUAGACUUUUCCCAGGAGGAAUGGGACUGGCUGAACUCUGCUCAGAGAAGUUUAUACAGGAGUAUGAUGUUGGAGAACUAUCAGAGCCUGGUAUCACUUGGACUUUGCAUCUCUAAGCCAUAUGUGAUCACCUUACUGGAGCAAGGGAAGGAGCCUUGGAGGAUGAAGAGUGAUAUGACAAGCCCAUUCUCAGAUUGGGAAUCUAGCUGUGAGACACAAGAAUUAUCUCUGAAGCCAUUCGUAUAUGAUGAUGUGUUAAUGGAGAGAAUUACAAGCUAUGGAUUUGAGCAUUCCACUUUUAGGGAAAACUGGAAAGGUGAAGAUAUUUUUGAGAGGCAGCUGGUAAGCCAAGAGACAUUUAUCAGGCAAGAAACACUCACUCAUAAAGAAACCCUUAUUAAAGUAAUAGACCACAAAUAUAAUAAAUCUGGGAAAUUUGUCCAUCUAGACAAUGCAGGAGAGAAUGUUUAUAAUCACAAGUCUGAUAAAAAAAGCUUUUCUAAAAAUUCCAUGGUAAGAAAACACAAAAGAGUCUGUGGAGGAAAGCAACUUUUUAAAUGUAAUGAAUGUGAGAAAACCUUCACUCAGAGGUCAUCUCUUACUGUUCAUCAGAGAAUUCAUACUGGUGAGAAGCCAUAUGAGUGUAAGGAAUGUGGGAAAGCUUUCAACCAGAGUCAACACCUAGCUCAACAUCACCGAAUUCACACCGGAGAGAAACUCUUUGAAUGUAAAGAAUGUAGGAAAGCCUUCAGCCAGAAUGUACACCUUAUUCAACAUCAAAGAAUUCACACUGGAGAAAAACCAUAUAAAUGUAAGGAAUGUAGAAAAGCCUUCAGCCAGCCUGCACACCUUGCUCAACAUCAGAGAAUUCAUACUGGGGAGAAGCCCUAUGAAUGUAGGGAAUGUGGAAAGGCCUUCAGUGAUGGCUCAUCCUUUGCUCGACAUCAGAGAUGUCAUACUGGCAAGAGACCCUAUGAAUGUAUUGAAUGUGGGAAAGCCUUUAGGCAGAACACAUCUCUUAUUCGUCACUGGAGAUAUUAUCACACUGGAGAGAAACCGUUUGAUUGUGCUGACUGUGGGAAAGCCUUCAGUGAUCACAUAGGCCUUAUUCAACAUAGGAGAAUCCAUACUGGAGAGAAACCCUACAAAUGUGACGUGUGUGGAAAAACAUUCAGCUACGGCUCAUCCCUUAUUGUACAUCAGAGAAUUCACACAGGAGAGAAACCUUAUGAAUGUCAUGUCUGUGGGAAAGCUUUUAGUCAUCAUGCUUCACUCAUCCAACAUCAGAGAGUGCAUUCUGGAGAGAAGCCUUAUGAAUGUAAGGAGUGUGGGAAAGGCUUUAGGCAGAGUAUACACCUUGCUAGUCAUCUGAGAAUUCAUACUGGUGAGAAACCAUAUGAAUGUAAGGAAUGUGGGAAAGCUUUUAGCAUCGGUUCUCAGCUGGCCACUCAUCAGAGAAUUCAUACUGGAGAGAAACCUUACGAAUGCAAGGAAUGUGGUAAAGCUUUCAACCAGAGGGCUCACCUUGCUCAACAUCAUAAAAUCCAUACAGGAGAGAAACCUUAUGAGUGUAAGGAAUGUGGGAAAGCCUUCAGCCAGACUACCCGCCUCAUUCAACAUCAGAGAGUUCAUACUGGAGAGAAACCCUAUAAAUGUACUGAAUGUGGAAAGGCUUUUAGUGAUAGUUCAUCCCGUGCCCAGCAUUGGAGACUUCAUACUGGCCAAAGGCCCUAUGAAUGUGUCGAAUGUGAGAAGGCAUUUAGGACAAAAUCAUCCCUCGUUUGUCAUCAAAGAUGCCAUACUGGGGAGAAACCUUAUGAGUGUAGUGAAUGUGGUAAAGCCUUUAGCCAUCGUCAAUCCCUUACUGUUCACCAGAGAAUUCAUUCCGGGGAAAAACCAACGAGUGUAAGGAAUGUAGAAAAACCUUUAGCCAGAUUGGACACCUUAAUUUACAUAAAAGAACUCAUUCUGGAGAGAGGUCUUAUAAAUGUAAGGAAUGUGGAAGUGUCUUCAGACAAAACGCACACCUUGCUCAUCACCAGAAAAUUCAUGCUACAGAGUCAACUCAGGCAUCCAGCUCUUCCUCACCCCCUAUGUUACCAAGGUCUGCAGAUAUAGCUACUAAAUAUUUUUGGACUUCAUCCCCUUCUUUUAGUUCUCAUUGCCCUAGUCAAAAACACAGUCCAUUUACCUGGACUAUUCCAAUUGUGUAAAAUUUGGUUCCCUUGCAUCCUCUUUAGUUCCCUUCAAGUUCAUUCAUACUGUUGCCACAGUGGUCUUUUAAAGAUAUAAAUGUAAUUAUAUUACUCUUCUCUUAAAACUCUAUUAUGACACUUCAAACUAGUUGAUGUAUAUUAAGUAUUUAGCAUACUGCCUGACUCUUAGUACUUGUUUAAUUUUAGGUCAAUAUUCUUCAGAGUCUGUUUAAGCAUUAUUUUUAAAUAAUAAACUCUGAAAAGCAGUAUAUGAGUGCUCAUAACAAUUUUGGAGCUGAAGUUAUAUCUUAUGGUGGAUGAUGAGGAUUAACAUUAGUAUGAUUAAAGCUUAAUGUUUAACAGACUAA